UUAAAUCAAAGGCGACCACGCUUCCGUGAACGGAGACACAUGAGAACAACUUAUGUUAGUAUCGGUAUUUGACUUUGUUACUCUUUGAAUGAAUACAAAGGUAGCAUUUCCUUUCUGUGAGUAUUUUCGUUAUAAUUUUUUCCGUGAUGGAACGGAGCAGAUCUCCAGACAGGGUGAGUAGAGACAAAAAACAAGUCAAGAAGAAUAAACGGAGACGCUCUUCCUCUUCAUCAUCAUCAUCAUCAUCGUCUUCAUCAUCCAGCAGCAGAAGCCGGAGCAGAUCCUCCAAGAAACCUUCACACAAGACCAAAGAUGUAAAAACACAAAGAAAGAAACGCAGAAGAAGCUCCUCUUCAUCCUCCUCCUCCUCCUCUUCAUCCUCCUCUUCCUCUUCGUCGAGUGAUGAGAAGAGGAAGAAAAGCAAAGCCAAGAAAAAGAAGAACAAGAAGAAAAAGGCCAAGCUGAAGAAACAGCGGAAGAAAGAGAAGAAGAAGAAAGAGAAGCUUAAGAAGAAGGAGAAGAAGAAAGCGGCGGCGCUGCUCUCCGCUGCUCCUCAGAAACCUGCGUCCUACCUGGAGGUGUGGCAGAGUGAGGAGGGGGCCGUGGAGCUAGGACCCGUUAUGACAGAUGAGCAGAAGGCCAGACUUUCCACCAAGAGACCUCUCACCAAAGAGGAGUACGAGGCCAGACAGAGUGUGAUCCGUAGAGUGGUGGACCCUGAAACAGGACGCACUAGAUUGGUGAGAGGAGAAGGCGAAAUCAUUGAGGAGAUAGUGAGCCGAGAACGACACAAAGAUAUAAAUAAGCAAGCCACCAAGGGAGAUGGGAGCUCCUUCCAGAGAAACCUGGGAUUGAACAGGUAGAAGAUCAUGCAGAUCAUGUCCACACUGCUCCAACUCCAACAUGAUGCAGCUGUGAAAUAAGGCAGAAAAGUGUUGAAAAUAUUUAAGCAGAUUGCAUAUUAUUAUGCAUCUCAUGUCAAGGACUCCCAUAGUCGCCUGUGAUUAACUGUACAGUUGUGAAUGUCCAAAAACAGGGACAUUUACAUUUUACUCUAACAGGUUAAAGCCAUAAUCUCCUACUGGUCUGCCUUUUAGAAGCUGUUCUUAAUAUGAAAGAGAUAAAGAAAAUAACUGAUGAGUUUAUUGUUUUGAAUGAGCUGACCUCUUGUAAAAGAGGCAGUAAAUUAGCAUCAUUUCCCAAACAAUUUGCACAUCCUAUGUGUAUUUACACUGAUAUUGUGCAUAUUUAUUUUGUCCAUGUGUCAAAGCUGAAAUGACCUGAGGAUGUCACUGAAGUUCAAAUGAUGUUUGAACUUCUGAAAUGGUGAAAAUAAACACUAUAAAUAAUGGCUGCUUCAUAUAAAAUCAGCUAAUUCUUACUGCAUAAAGUAUGAAAGACAUUAAGAAGGUGAUGUAAAUGUUCAGUAUUCUCUGUGACUGUGCAAACAUUUGUUUUGUAUUUUGCUAAAUACUCAACACCCACUCCUGAAAGUGUCUUAUCACACCUUUUUCCUUUCAUUUUGGAUCUCUGUAAAUGUUUGAACUGAUCCCAGAAACAUUAAAAGGUUGUGUUAACUGCA